GGCUGUGGGCGGGGGCGAGGACAAAUGGCUCAGGUGGACUCCUCGCUGGAGCUGUUUUGGAUCUUUGCUGCUGCUGCUCUUCCUGCUGCCGCCGCUGCUCAGCUGGGGGUCCGGUCACCAGGCAAAGAGCCCUCUCGGGUUGGCCAGAAGUCAUGAGCCGUUUCUUGAACGUGUUACGAAGCUGGCUGGUGAUGGUGUCCAUCAUAGCCAUGGGAAACACGCUGCAGAGCUUCCGAGACCACACCUUUCUCUAUGAAAAGCUCUACACCGGCAAGCCAGACCUCGUGAAUGGCCUCCAAGCUCGGACCUUUGGGAUCUGGACCCUACUCUCAUCAGUGAUUCGCUGCCUCUGUGCCAUCGACAUCCACAACAAGACGUAUGCUGUACCACAUCACACUCUGGACCUUCCUCCUCGCCCUGGGCCACUUCCUCUCCGAGCUGUUUGUCUUUGGGACCGCAGCUCCCACGAUUGGCGUCCUGGCACCCCUGAUGGUGGCAAGUUUCUCGAUCCUGGGUAUGCUAGUUGGGCUUCGGUACCUAGAAGUAGAACCAGUAUCCAGACAGAAGAAGAGAAACUGAGGCCAACGUUACCAGCUCCAAGACUCCAUUCUCCACCUUUGCUGUCCCCUACCUUUAUCCUCCCUCCUCUUUUAGUUCUUCUUUUCUGCACCAUCCUGAGCCCUCUGACCCCCUGCUAGCCUUUUACGUUUGGGGUUUUUCUUUAAUAAUGUUUACGAUACCGUAUAACUUUCAUACAGAAAAGUAUAUGAUGUGUACGAACAAUUUAAAGAAUCAUUUUAAGGUGGAUACCCCAUACCUUCCCCCAGACCAAGAAAUUGCCAGCACCUUCGAAACCCACUGUGUGCCCUUCCUCCACCAGCAGCCUCUUCCAGGACCCUUUUCCAGCCUUCUGCUUUUUCCCUUUUAUUUUCAUCCCUUCAUCUGACUUGCGUGGUGGGAACACGUGAACUGUGAAACUUACAGCUGCUGCCUUGCCCAGAGCAGCAGCCUCCAAGGGCUGCUUCGGGGUUGCCCUCCCAGGUCGGGCUCCUCUCUGCUGCUGGACCCGAGACUCUGAACCAUCCGAGAAACGGGCAGUUCUUCUAAGAAGGGCUCCCCUGUGAGUGAGCAUGGCUCAUAUCCUUGUGUCUACAAGUGGAUCGGGGUUGGAAGAGUCUGGGCUGUUUUUAGACCUUCUGGUCAGCUGUAUUUGUGUAACGAAUUUUGUAGUAAAUAGAAAAACCCUGUGCUUGGA